CCGCCUACUUUCUGGCACGCUGUAGCCCUGCCAUGCACAGAGCUACCCCGUACUCCUCUCCUGGGCUCAUCCGCGCGGACAUCACAACCCUCGCCAGUCCAUUGGUCGGGCGGACUCUACCAUUUUGACAGGGGUGUACGCAAUCGUGGCUUCCUUACGCUUUAGUGCUUAAUGUUAGGUCAACACCCCCCUGCCGCUCGCAGCUAGUGGUACGGGCUGGGCCUCGCUGCUUUUCGUUGUUCCCGGGAGCGGAAGAAACCAAGUGUCCGGUGCGAGACAUUUCUCUGUUGGCCACAUCAGCCUUGUGAUAUAACUCACAUAUAAGUGUGGCCUUCAACUGAAUGCUUCCAGCAGCCUUCUACUUUCACGCUGAGUCUGGUGAGGGAUGCUGGGAUAGGCAACAAAGCCACGGCUGCUGCGUAGAUGCAAGUGCUGCAUAACUGGCUAACAAUUUGGAGAUCCUAGUAGUGGAAAUCAUUGUGAAGAUGUCUUCCUCUGCCAUUCAUCUGACAAAAUCAGAAGGUGUAGAAACGUAGGAAAAGGGAAGAACUUGGAACGCGACGAGUGUCAUUGACACAAAGUUGGAAGACACCCAGUCAUGGCCUCCCACUAUCUCCCUGAUCCAGGAGAGCCCCAGACCAGUCUUCAUGUCUCCCCUGCACAACCGCAAGAUGGAGACAACGACUCCGGAAUAGAAGAUGAGCUCAGAUUAGAACAGGCAGACUCUACAAUUUUCUUGGCUUUUAAAGGAGAUAUUGGAGACACUGACUUCCAGCAAAAGCUAGACAAGAUCCUGAAUACUGUGCCGAACCUUGUUAGCAUGGAGUCCGAUCAGCUGAGACUUCAGAAGGUGGAGCCGUGGAACAGUGUCAGAGUAACGUUUAACAUCCCCCGGGAAGCGGCUGAGCGUUUGCGCCUCCUUGCUCAGGGUAACAACCAGCAGCUACGGGAGUUAGGAAUUCUCUCUGUCCAAAUUGAAGGGGAAGGUGCAAUAAAUCUAGCUUUGCCCCACAAUCAGGGACAGGUGCGGAUGAAUGGUCCAGUGGCAGCAAACAGUGCUAUGAGAAUUGACGGCAAUUUUGCAAUGCAAGGUGGAACGGGCAUCAUCAGGAUGAACAGCCCUGCAGUGGCCAUGAUGUCUCAGGGUGCUAAUGUUUCUUCUGCUGUGAUGACUCCUGGUGGAAGCACUGAUCUUCAACCAAGAACACCCAGGCCCCCCUCGCAACAAGGCUUGAAUCCAUUCGGGUGGUUUAAAGACGGAACUACUGGUGGCAUGAUUAUAACCAGGACAAGGGCAGAUACAAUCAAUCCUCUCAUGUCCAGCUUGAAUGUUCAGCAGUCAAAUCACCCUUCUGGUUCCUUGGGCCCCCAGAUCCAUCCCAUGCAGAAUGUGGUUGUCAGCAGACCCAUAAAUCCGGCCAACUUCCAGCAGUUCCAACAGCAGACGCGGCUUCCCCAACAUACACAGGUCUCCCAAGGGAUGCGGCAGUCCUUUGCUGGUCCAUCGCAAGUUCCAGUACCCCCUGGCUGGAACCAACUUGCCUCAGGGGCUUUGCAGCCUCCUCCUGCCCAAGCAGCCAUUGGUACACUUAACCAGGGAUGGAAGAAGUCUCCAUUGAACACAGGUCCUGUUCAGCAACAGCAGUUCCCUCAAAGACCUUCAUUAGCCACAGUGCAGACACCAUCCCAUCCCCCACCUCCAUAUCCAUUUGGAAGCCAGCAAGCCGCCCAGACACAUACCAAUUUCCCUUCUAUGGCCAACCCAAACCAGUUCAGUGGCCCACCAAUGAAAGCUCUGCAAGGGGGGCCAUCUAGGGUCCCCACACCUCUGCAGCAGCCUCAUCUUACUAAUAAGUCUCCUGCUUCAUCGCCUUCAUCAUCCUUUCAGCAGAGCUCUCCGGUUUCUUCCCCAACUGUGAACCAGGUGCAGCAACAGGCCAUGGGACCACGCUCAGGGCAGGCCACGCCUAUGCCACAAGGGUUCCAGCAGCCGCCAGUCAGCUCACCCAGCCGUGGGGGGAUGAUAGCACAGGGAAAUGCUGCGGGGGGCUUCAUGAUGCAGCAGGCACCUCAACAAAAUCAGGGACCACAAGCUAUUCAUACAGGGGUUACCAAGCGCCUCCCCCCAGGUUUUCAAGCAGGUCAAGGAAAUGCUAAUUUUCUGCAAGGCCAGACACCACCCGGCACAGCAGGAUCACCUUCUAACGGUGCAGGACUGCAGCAACAAGGCAGUACGGGUGGACAAACAACAGUAGGGGGCUCGGUGAAUGGAUCUUCACACAGUCAGAUGCAGGUGUCACAUGGGGGUCCAAAUGUAAUGCAAAACAACCUGAUGGGAAUUCACAGCAACCUGAAUAACCAGCAGGCUGGCAGCAGUGGAGUGAAUCAGGUGAACAUGGCCGGUCUGCAUGGACAAAACCAGCAAGCCAAUCAGUCACAUCUUCUCAGCAUGCAACAGCAAAUCAUCUCUUCCCAAGGCCAGAUGGUGAACCUUCAGGGGCAGGCCCCACUAAACACACAGGCUCAACAGAUGGUGCUCUCUCGGAAUCAGCUUAUGCCCCAGGGACAGAUGAUGGGAACAUCUCCAGGCCAAAACCUGGGGCAAACAUCUCAGCGCAUGACCCCACCCAAACAGAUGCUACAGUCACACAAUCAGAUGAUGACGUCCCAGGGUCAGAGCAUGAUGCAGCAGAUGGAGCAGAUUAUACAGGGAAAUAAGCAAGGUUUCAGUGCACAGAACCCAGCAGGGGUUAUGGGUGGGCCCAAUCAGAUUAUAAGGGGAGCAAAUGCUGGACUGCAGAAUGCCAUGAUGCAUUUUCCUGGACAGGUUUCUCAGCAGGGGUCUGUAAAUAACACUUCCCAUGGGGUGAACAUGCAAGGACAGGGACUUCGAGCCCCAAUUCCAGGGCAACACUUGCAGCAAACACAUGGGGACAGUGUGACACAACCUGGCAGUGAUCUAAACGCCCUACUUCCGGAUCUUUCCAUGCCAACAACUGGCAACAUGGCUUCACAGCACAUGCAGAACAUGCCAGGAGUUUCAGGGCAGCAUUUUCCAGGCCAUGGACUACCCUUCGGCUCUCCAUUUGGCCAAGGGGGCAAUGGAAAUCAGAUGGGGUGUGGCCAGAAUCCAUCCUUUCCUAUUAAUAAGGAUGUGACCCUGACCAGUCCAUUACUGGUGAACCUGCUGCAGAGUGAUAUCUCAGCUGGGCAUUUUGGGGUUAACAGUAAGCAGAACAAUGGCAAUCCUGCCAAACCCAAGAAAAAAAAGCCACCAAGGAAGAAGAAGAACCAGCAGGCUGAGGAACAAAUUAGUGCCACUGAACCCCGCAUGGAAGACCCGGACCCCUUGGGGAUAGUAGGGGAUCAAGGAAGCACUGUGGAGACCACACAGAAACUCAAUGAAUUUCCCAACAGGCCAGCAGGAUUCCCGCCUCAGCCAGUAGAGCAAAGAUCCUUACAGCAGAUCCCUUCUCAGUUAAUGCAACAGUUGGGGCAGCAGCCACAAAGUCAGGGAGGGCAGACGCAACAACCAACUCCUCCUCAGCAAAUGAUGAUGAUGCUGAUGAUGCAACAACAGGACCAAAAAUCUGUGAGGCUUCCUGGGCAACAAGGAGACUUUAACCGCCGGCCAUCUCUAAAUUCCGAAGCUCAGAGGAUGCCCAUGCAGCCUGGUGGCAAUAUGCCUGUUAUGGUGAACAUGCCUGGAUCUGGCUCAAUUCCACCUUCUCCUGACAAGCAGAGGAUGCCAAUGGCGCCUAAUGUGUCUUUGGGAAAUAAUGGAAGGAAGAUGGGAUUCCCAGACAGCGGUAAUCAGUCAGGGUCACCAUUGGGUGAGAUGCCUACAACAUCCGCUCUAGUGGAUAUUCCAGAUCAGGCAGCAGCUAGUGGGCAGCAGAACAAUAUGGCACCUCAUUUGCUACUUUCCCAGAAUCAGCUGAUGAUGUCUGGGAACAAAUCAGGAAAUCUUUCUUCUAUGACUUUAUCUCAAGGGGCCAAUCCCCAGCAGCAGCUUGCCAACUCUAUGCCUGGACCUCAUGGGCACCAUUUUUCAAGUGUACAAACUCCGUCGCAAACAUCGAGACCAAAGACUCCAAACAGAGCAAGCCCAAGGCCUUACUAUCCUCAAACUCCCAAUAAUCGUCCUCCAAGUACAGAGCCUUCUGAGAUCAGCCUGUCUCCAGAAAGACUGAAUGCCUCCAUUGCAGGCCUCUUCCCUCCUCAGAUAAAUAUUCCAUUGCCUCCCAGGCCUACAUUAAACCGAGGUUUUGAUCAGCAAGGGUUGAAUCCAACAACCUUGAAGGCCAUUGGACAAGCUCCUCCUGGACUGACUGUAACCAACCCAACUGGUUUUGUCCCAUCACACAAGAUGGACAUUAUGGCAGGGAAACAGACAGGCAGUAGUGGGAACAAACGAGCAAGCCCUAGCAACAGCAGGAGAUCAAGCCCUGGUUCUAGUCGUAAAACAACCCCUAGCCCAGGCAGGCAGAACUUAAAGAACAACAAGUUUGUGCUUGGGCCACAACAAAACCCUGGAAUCCUGCACAACCUGGAGAUCCAAAGAAAUUUAAUGCAGGCUCAAACUUCAAUGCAGUCCCUAGUCCCUGGACCUCCAAUAGGUCCAUAUCCACCAGUUUCUCUAUCAGCCACAUGCAGUAUAACCGAAGAGAAUAAGGAUAGCUCAGCAAUGAUGCAGGAGACAGAGAGUCAGGUAAUGCAAAAUGCCUUUAAGGAGCAAGCUGAAGCAGAACUUAAAGCUAUGGUUCAGCAAGAACUGAAGAUGUCUUCUGAAGAGAUGGUCAGGAAAGAACUCCAGCCCAUGGAUCACUGUAAACCUCCAUCUGCAGAAGAGAUCAAGACUAUGGUAUCACCAGCAAUGAGAGAUGCACCGACAUCGCUGAGUCAACUGUUGGAUCACUCAGCUGCUCCCAAUCUUACCAUCAAGACUGCAGUAGUACCUAUAACUGAAUCACCUCCUUUACAGCUGCUUUCAGAUGAUCCCAAAAUUGCUGACAUUCCUCCUGUACCAGAAGGUACAAGUAGUAGUAAUAGUGAAAUAGUAUCCACACCCAAUCCACUUUUACACACUGGACCACGUGGAGACACCAUGGAACCCAGUACAAAUGUGUCUCCGAACCUUCCAUCUUCUUCAGUGAAACAACCAGCUGGCCAGACCUCUGUUUCCAGCUCAGUGUCUCAGAACCAGAUAACCGUUUUUGUCACUUCAAACCCCAUUACUACUUCCUCAACCACAACUGACCCUAUGACUUCCCACCUGCAGCAGCAAUCAUUGAUGCCAACUGUGGUGAACGUGCAGAAUAUGGGCAACAAAGUUAUUGUGUCCGAAGGGCAGCAGGCUUCCCAGUCAACUGUGCACUCUCCGUUUAUUACUCCUGUUUUCUUUAACUCUCCUUCCAUCAUACAAGUCAUGAAGGGAUCAAAGCAAGGGAACUUGCCAGUUUCUGCGGCAGCAUCCAAUUCAAACAUGGCUCCUCAGUCUGUGGCAGUUGUGGGGUCUUUACAUAUUCCACAGAAUAUUCAGUUGUCUGCUGGAACACCUUCUUCAACUCCACCUUCCAGUACUGUUUCCAGUAUGCAUACAACUCGACCAGUUCUAGUUAACCCUCCUCAGACCACUGCACAGUCUCCAUCUGUUGUUCUACCACCAACACCUUUUAGAGAAAGCAACAUAGAAGAUGUUAGUUCUCAAUUGGGUGUAACAUCUGACGAAUGCCCUCCUAUACCUUCACAGUCUGUGGCUUCUUCAACCUGUGAUAGCAUAAAGAACUCUUCAGCAUCAUCCAAGGGUCAGCCCAAGGUGAUCCAGACUGAGCAAAUUCUAUUCACAAAGGUAAAAAAUAAUUUGUCAGGUGGCACAGGAACAGGCAAUUUGGAAACCAACAAAGAAGAACUUGAAGAUGGAGACAAAACUCCCCCAUUAGCUAACUUGGCUGCUACUGAUCCAGAGGUCACCACUGCAAUCUCUGCUGACUCUUUGUGUCCCACAAACACCAGUUCUGUAGGAGUGCCUGCUCCAUCUGCUGCUCAAUCAUCAAUCCAAGGGGAGCUCAGAAAUGUAGACAACACUGUACCAGAGAGAAAUGACAGCACAUUGGACACUAUUUCGACUGAAAAAACACAUGAAAUUGUCUCCUCCAAAAGUACGAGACAAGAGGAACGACCUGCAAGCAACAAGGAGAGUGCUCCAGAAAAAUCUGAAGGCGAUACCCAAGAUAUCCCAGAAAGUGAAGCAACGGAGAGAUCAAAACCUUUGAGCCGGAGAAACUCCAAGAUAGAGGAGCCCCAGGAGGUGUUGGAGAGUGGACAACGCAAACGUUCAGCCCGUCCUGGCUCCGCCUCUGCGAAAGAAUCUGGAGCCAGUCCCACCCAGUCCAAACGAAGGAAAUCCAAGUAGAAUUUUUUUGUUUUCAACUAUGCACCAAAUUCAGGAUUCGGUUUGGUAUUUGCCUGUGUCCCCAGCACUUUUUUUUUUUUUUCCAGGAAUAGGCUGAAUUUGUUUGUUCUUCAUUCAUGCUCGGCCAAAGCCAAAAUAUUAAUUAUAUGUAAAGGCAGCACAUUUUUAUUGACAGAUGAGGUUUCUUUUAUUCCCCGUCAAAUUUGAAUAUGCAAAUUAGAGCAUGGAUUAGGUUUGGUACGUGGCUGAAUCUUUUGUGUAGGUUUUGGUAUUUGGCCGAAUCCAAAAAUGAUGGACUUGAUGCAUCCCAAAUUAUUCUUUUCUUUUUAAAUUUCGGACACAUAUGUAAAAUGACUGCUAGCUCUAUUUUGUUUACCAGUGGGAGAUUAAAUGGUUGUACAGUUUUAACUGCUUAUUUUUUCUGCUUUGAAGGAGAAAUACUUUUUUUUUUAAUAUUUCAAUUUUAAUUGUCAUUAAACCACUUGUAAAAUACCAGGAUUUAAGAAGAAGAAAAAUAUACCUUGCUUAUAAUUUGGUUUUAUCUUCCAUUUAAUAAUGUUUGCCUGGGAGCUUUUGUCAGUAGUCCAGCAAAGCUGGCCAUACACUGGUAGGUAAAAGCUACUGAUUUGUCUUCUUCAGUCCAAGUCAGCAGCUUAUUGGCCCUUUAGGAGGGCCUGCCCAAUCAAUAUCUGCCUGAAAAUCAGCCAGAUAUUGAUCGGGCGCGUUUAAAAAUGAUAUUGGUUGAGGAACACAUCAGUCAAAGUGCUGUUGUAUUGUUGAAGAUCAGAUCCCGCCCAACAGUUGGAUAGCUAAAUCAAGGUGGAGAUGCUGGGAGUUGUAGAACAAAAUCUCAAAGACUGUAAGUGGACCAAGACUCAUUUAAGAUGCCCAUACAAAAAUAUACAUGGUCAUUUUGCAAGGUCACAAACAAGCAUAUCUCUCCAUGUAUGAUCCCUCUUGGUCCACUGGCAGCCUUUUAAGAUGUUCUACAAAUCCCAGCAUCUUCGCUUUGAGAUCCACCUUGCUGAGAUGUUGAUCUAUAGCUCCCAGCAUCUCAUCAACAGCAGAAGCAUGUCAGUGGUUGAUGGCAAGUUUAGGUAGCAACAUCUUCAAGACGGAAACGUUCCUAUGCCUAAAAAAGCACUAGAUAAUUGUGUUUACAAAACCUAUUUAAAGGGGAAGUUUAAAGAUGACUAUGUAGUACUUGCCAACAAUUUUCUGUUAAGUAGAAGAAUAGAAGAUAACUGCUGUAUUUUGGGUAUAUUUUGCACUUUUGCAGAGCCUACAACACGCUCUUGAGAAUGCUUUAUAUUUAAUGUGAAUUUUUUUAAGACAGCCUGUCAUUUGCUUUCAACCGUACACACCAAGUUUCAAGGGUGAGAACUACUAAGCUAUAAAACCAGUGGAUUGGCUCAGUUGACCUACAAAACAAGAAAAAAAAACAUAUAAAACAUGAAGUGGUUCCAUUGUUUUGUUUUUUUUUUAUGUGAAAAAUUUACCGGAUGUAAAAACUCUACUUAUUUUGUGUUUGUUGAAGUACUGUAUUUAUAUAGAAGAGUAUUAAUAUGGCAGCCGAUUAGGAGACGUAAAUGUUGUAAAUAAUAACAAUCGUACGGUUAAUUUGUUGUAGAAUUGGACCAGUGAACAAGUUUGUAAUAAAUAUAUGGACAUUUUAA